CUCUAAGCUGGCCGAAUCGCAUGAGCUCAAAAUCGCUGCAGUUGUGCGCUGAGAGCCAUUGCACAGCUGAUUUGCGAGCGCUUCGGUACCAUCUAUCGUUGUGCGAGCGCUGCUAUUGACGCGUCACAGCACAGGCAAACGCCAUCGCUCAGUUUCUGCCGGAGCCAUACGCCAUCGCUGUGAUGUACGGCACCGAUUACAGCAGAUGGGACAACAUAAAAGAUAGCGACGACGACGCGACGGCGCCCGCGCCCGCGCCGAUGCCGCCGCCACAAAAACCGCAGAGCGACCAACCUUUGGACCCGACGAACGUCGCGGCGAUGCGCGAGCUGCUGCACGAAAUUGAUGACGGGCGGCGGCCGCACCUCCUCGCGGCGAUCGAGUGGGUCGAGGCCGCGCGCGCGACGCUUGACCGCGGCGAGGCAGUGGACGACGGCCAGUGCCCCUUCGACCGCGGGUCCGAGCCGUGGUUCUGGUUUUUGUUGUUGGCGAACAAGCCCCACAUCACGCUGCACGGGCCGCACAAGCCGCUUUUGGCAAGACACCGGAGCCCGCGGGAGCAGUGCCAGGUCGAGGGCCUCAUGUGCGCGCACUGCUUCGCGGCGGGGGGCCUCUGGCAGCGGACGCCGCUCCGGCGGUGUUCGGCGUGUUGCUUGGCGUGGUACUGCGGGAAGGAGUGCCAGCGCGCGGACCGGGCGCGGCACGCGGCCGAGUGCCGCAAGGGCCGCAAGGAAUUAAGAGAUGCGGUGCGCGCGGCCGAGGCGCGGCGGUUGGAUGGAUUGCUCCCCGCGAACGGCGAUCGCCCCGCCUUACGAGCAAGGCACCGCUUGGACGGCUACGGCAAGUCGGCCAUGGUCCUGUACGAGGCCGCGGCCGUCGACGACAUUUAUGGCGUCGUGACGCGGCCCUGCCACGACGCGAAUCAAAGGGACCGGCUGAAGAGCGGGGAGGCCAUCUUCAACGUCGGCGACUACGCGGACGUGGUAAGGGACCUGGUUGAGGCGGGCCUCGUGACGCCGCUCGACUACAACGGGCCGCUCGAGGAGGGGCGGGCCUUCGGCCGCAUCGAGGUCGUGCUGCCGGAACCGGGCGAGGAGGAGCCCGAGGUUGUUGAAGAGCCGGCGCUUGAAGAGGUGUCGAACAAAGGCACGAGUAACGAGUAACGUUGUAGUUUAUAAUUACAGGGAC